AUGCCCAACACUUGUAAUGGAGUCUGGAAUGAUCCAAGACCACAGCAAAACUUCCAGAGAAAGCAGAACAAUGCUCCAGGAAAUAACUUCCAAAGGAGAUUUCAAGGGGGAGGUUUAGAUUACAAAUCCGACCAAUAUUUACAGCCUCCUCCAAUUUCACAAACUCCAACAUCUAAGCUAGAGAAGGCACUGAUACAGUUGACAAAGACAACUGAAGCGUUCAUGAACGAGACUAGGACUCAUCAUAAAAAUCAAGAUGCUUCAAUCAGAAAUCUGGAAACUCAAAUUGGGCAGUUGUCAAGACAAUUAGCUGAGAGAAGUCUUGGAACAUUCCCCAGUGACACUAUAAUCAACCCAAGGGAUCACUGCAACGCCAUCACUACUAAAAGCGAGGAUCUAGAAAAAGUGAAAGCUCCUACAGGCAAGGAUGAGCACACUCAAGAAGGCAAGGAAGAAGCAAAAGAGCAACCUCCUGUAGUUCAGAAGAAGCAAUGGGAUUUCUCACGUUUUGAGAAACCUCCAUAUCCCAUGGGGAAAGCUCUGGAGGAAAAGCCUUCAUAUGCAACGUUCCUGAAGGAGACAUUGUCUAAAAAGAGAAAGCUCACUGAGGAUGAACAUGUUACACUAACAGAGGAAUGCAGUGCAAUCCUACAGAAAAACCUGCCUCCAAAGUUGAAGGAUCCAGGGAGCUUCAGUAUUCCAUGCACCAUCGGCAAGAUGACCAUAGAGAAAGUCUUAUGUGAUCUUGGUGCCAGCAUAAAUUGUGCCUAUGAUCUUCGGGAGACCAUUCCUAGCAACCUCAGGAGCGCUGAUCGAUGUACCUAA